AUGCCCGAAUGGGCGGUUGUUGAAAAACUAGAGGACGCAUGGCCAUGCGCAGAACUAUAUGGUUAUCAUCUUGACCGUCGUGCUCCUGGCAAAUCUGUACUUCUGACGCGCAAGCUCAGCGGACCUGACUUGUUCGACGUUAUCCGCGCUGAACAUAACCAUAACUGGCACUUCCACCAUUCUGCAGAUGCCCGUUGCCGCACUGUUUACUCCCACCGUGGAGGUGGUGUGAACACAGGGGGUGAGUGGCAAGGUGGAUGUGUGUAUUACCCGGCUAAUUAUGAGUUCCAGAAGUUGCGUUGGUGCGCUCUAGCCCUUCAUCGAUUGCACCAAUACGCCGUUUUGUCCAUUCGGCAUAACGAUGUGAAACCAGACAAUAUCGUGCUUGACUUCCAUUAUAAUCGACAAGGACAUAAGGCGUUGGAUGUGAAAUUGAUUGACUUGGGUACGGCAAGCAUGUACAACGCCAAAGACUUCACAGGUGGCACAUCGUGGUAUGAGAGUCCGGAGCAAAAAUUGCUCGAGUACUUUAUGAAGAAGAAGAAGAAUCCAGAGGCGGCACGACGUGUGGAUAUUGGACUCAGCAGUGAUAUUUGGGGAGCCGGAAUAAGUUUGACCGAGGUCCUUGUUGGACGGCGUGUUGUUGAUAGCCUCAAAUGCCCCGCCGGACCUGGCAGUCUCGAUUAUUUGGGAUAUGAUGCGGCCCGUGCCCAAGGCCGUAGCUCAGACAGCAGUGUCGGGGCCGAUUAUUUUGACUGUGGCGGCGAGAUCAGCUGCUACCCCUACUGGGCCAUGGACCCCGCUGAAUGGCUCAUGUAUGCACGACGUGCACUCGGACUAGAAAAGGACUCCAAACAACUUUGUCACGAGGCCGCCAAAUGGCUCUUCGAUCACCUCGCACGACCUGAACCUAGCACUCGUGCCUCACUCCUAACUGCCCUCGAUCGUACCGAACGCUUCGCCGAAGAGGCAUACCAACGGUACCGGUACACCGCCACCUCCUUCCAGCACAAAAUUGAUGGCUACGAAAUGCCUCGAAAUUAA